CCCCCCCCCUGUCCGUAGACUGCCCGCGGCUGAGACCUCAUUGCCAAUGCCCUAUUCUUGGCCGCCUCCGUGGUCCGAAUGAUUCGAUGACAAUAACGAUCGCCAAAUAUCUCCCAAAUCAAGUCAAAAGGCAAGCCGUGCAGUUGUGCCCUACAGUAGACCAGACCCUUUUUUCGCCCUCAGGGCCUGGCGAACGGAUGAACCACGCUUGUCGUCGCUAGGGGCGCGCAGGCGCCGGCCCUUGUAGUCGGGCUGGAGAUGACUGACUCUGCGAUGAUGAAAUCAUCGGGGUGUAGUCAACCGGGGCCGGCAUAGGAAGGGGGAAGGGGAGGGGGGAGGCUGGCCGCUGGCGAGUACUUCCAGCACUGGCCUCGCUCGGGCAGGGUUCUCUCCAUCGGACUAUCUAGUAGUCGGUUGUUGUUGUUGUUGCUAUCCACCGCGUAAUCUUCACUCCGCCAUCAGCACAGCCAUGUCUGUCUUAUGUCCCUCCGAAGGCAGCUCCCCCGUGCCUACGCCUCUGUUCUCCGCACCCGCAACGCCCGAGACCGACCGGGAUGAGUAUUUCGAUGAGCCUUCGCUGCCGGCCGAGGACGCGCAAUACGUCCUCGUCACCGGAGGUCUAGGAUACAUCGGAAGCCACACGUCUCUGGAGCUGCUGAAAGCCGGAUACAACGUCAUCAUCGUGGAUGACAUGAGCAACAGCUUCCGCCAUGUCUUCGACCGCAUCCUACUGGCCGCGAAACUGCACUUUGACCGCACCGGCGGCCAUUGCCCCCGGGCCGAGCUGAGCUGUAUCGAUUUUCGCGAUGUCCCCGCCAUGAGCGCCCUCCUGGCCUCCCAUACAGUGGAGUCCGUGGCUGCCCCUCAGGGCCGCUCUAACAUCCUGGGUGUGAUCCACUUUGCAGCAUACAAGGAGGUCAAUGACAGCCUCCGCAACCCGCUGAAGUACUACCAAAACAACCUGGGCGGAUUGGUCGAUCUGAUCGGUCUCCUCGAUCAGCACGACAUCAAGACCUUCAUCUUCUCCUCCUCCGCCAACGUUUACGGUACCCUAGCUCAAAACCACGGCACCCUGCGCGAGGAGCACUGCGUCCACCGAAAGGAGACGUAUCGAGACGCCGUCUCCGGUCAGGACGUAUCCGUCGAGCAAGGUUGCACGGGAAUUACGAACCCGUACGGCCGGACCAAGUUCUUCGGAGAGGCCAUCCUGGCCGACGUCGCGGCGUCGGAUCCCGCCUGGACGAUCAUCGGACUUCGGUACUUCAACCCCAUCGGAUGCGAUCCGUCCGGCCUCCUGGGCGAGGAUCCACGCGGGGUGCCGUCGAACUUAGUCCCGGUGGUUGUGCAGGUCCUGACGGGGCAGUUGACCGAACUGGCCGUGUAUGGCACCGACUGGGCGACGCCCGAUGGCACGGCCAUCCGCGACUUCAUCCACGUGUCGGAUGUGGCGCGUGGGCACACGGCGGCAUUGUCCGCGGCGUUGACGCGCCAGGUGCAGACCAACUUCCGGACGUUUAAUCUAGGGACCGGGAGCGGGCAUUCGGUGGCCGAGGUGGUGAGCGCUAUGGAGAAUGUCUGUCAUCAAGCGAUUCCGCGACGCAUUGCGGAUCGACGCCCGGGCGAUGUGGAGUCAUGUGUAGCGGUUGCGGAUCGGGCGGCGAGUGAAUUGGGCUGGACCGCAGAAAAGUCCCUGCAGGACGCGUGUCAGGAUCUGUGGAACUAUCUGCGAUUCAACCCAACAGACCUGUGUCUGUCUUGAAGUAGGGCUGGAGGGGGGGAGUGGAGGGUGAGUGGAGGGUGAGUGGAGGGUGAGUGGAGGCGGGGUCGUCUGGAGAAAGCUGAGGGGGAGUUGACUGCACACUGCUUUUGUUUGUUAAUAUUUGUUGUUCGUCGUAUAGAGCACCGUACAUAAUCUAGAUAAUCGCACCGCGUAUCUUUUCUUCUUCGGUCGAGGUAUAUCACAAGGGGCGUUGGAUGUGUCCCGGUGGCGCAGGGUGAAAUGCAUCUACCGUCAGCAUCGUCUUGGCUGACUGGCUUUCUGGCUUGCCUCGUCUGAUUCAGAUGCUAAGUUGAUUUCUUUGGUUUCAUUUUCUUUGUCUGCCCCAAGGCUCAACCUUGGUGUGUCGUUGGGAGAGAGUACUUACUCGGUGUGUUCAGGCGGUCCCAGUGGGCAACUACGACCCAUAAAGGGGCAACCCCAUAGCUUAUUCUGUAUAAAAAAAGUGCUCCUUCUAGAAGAGCAAUUCAGAGC